GGUACAUACGUAAGUACCCGCGUCAUCGGAAGGAAAGGACUGAUCGUAAGCCAAAAUGAUUUCAUAGCCGCUCAAACUUUCAGAUAUCUCGUGCCAUCUGUGGUUGCGACAGAAAUACAAGCAAUGUGUUUAUCAGUGAAUCGUCGAAGAUUCAUCGUCGGAUUCAAAGUAUGUCGAGAAGCCGACUCGAGCCUCGUUGAGCCCUUGUGACCUUUCGUAGUUUGUGGUGACCUUCACGCGAGGUUGACUGUGGAGCUGCUCGUACAUCCAUCUACUUCUCCUCUUCGUCUUUUCCCUUUUCUAUUGUGAAACAUUAUUACAAGGAGAAACCUUAAGAGCCAGCAAAAUGUCAAGGGAACGUGUAUCUAGAAGAUUUUACCGUACGUACAGUAGUAAUGAUUUACAUGAAUUUAUGGAUCGUGGAUACAGUGCCCAACAUGAAAAUAGAUGGAAUUUUGAAGUUGCAUGGGAAGCUGCCAACAAAGUUGGGGGUAUAUACACGGUAAUAAGGUCCAAAGCUUUUGUUUCAACUGAGGAAAUGGGAGAUCAGUAUUGUCUUAUUGGUCCAUACAAAGAAACUUCAGCUAGAACUGAAGUUGAGGAAGCAGACUUUCCAAAUAACAAUCCCUUGCACUUAGCUGUUCAAGUUUUACGUGAUCAAGGAUUUAAAGUGGUAACAGGAACAUGGCUGGUUGAUGGAAAUCCACAAAUAAUUCUCUUUGAUAUUGGAAGUGCAGCAUGGAAGCUGGAUGAAUACAAGCAGGAAUUAUGGAACACAUGUAAUCUUGGUAUUCCUCACCUCGAUAUAGAAGCGAAUGAUGCCGUUAUUCUCGGUUAUCUCGUUUGCCAAUUUAUCACUGAAUUUAGAAAAGCUGCAGAGGGAUACUCAGAUGUUCCACCACGUGUAGUAGUACAUUGUCACGAAUGGCAAGCGGGUGUCGGUUUAAUUGCAUUAAGAACUAGACACGUGGAUGUAGCUACGGUUUUCACUACGCACGCUACGCUUCUUGGUAGAUAUCUUUGCGCGGGAAAGACUGACUUUUAUAAUAAUUUAGAUAAGUUUAAUGUCGAUGAAGAGGCAGGAAAGCGACAAAUUUAUCACAGAUAUUGUAUGGAACGUGCAGCUACGCACUUAGCGCACAUAUUUACGACUGUUUCGGACAUAACAGGUUUCGAGGCCGAACACUUGUUGAAACGGAAACCAGAUAUAAUUACGCCAAAUGGUUUGAACGUGAAGAAAUUCGCGGCAAUACACGAAUUUCAAAACUUACAUGCUGUUAGUAAAGAAAAAAUACACGAAUUUGUUAGAGGACACUUCUAUGGUCAUUAUGAUUUUGACCUGGAUAAAACUUUAUACUUUUUUAUUGCUGGACGUUAUGAAUUUGGAAACAAAGGAGCCGAUAUAUUUAUCGAAGCUUUAGCCCGAUUAAAUCAUUACUUAAAAUCAUCUAAACCUGAUACCACUGUAGUGGCUUUUCUUAUUUUCCCAGCGCGCACCAAUAAUUUUAACGUAGAAUCGUUACGAGGUCAUGCUGUUACCAAAUCAUUGAGAGACACGAUUAACGACAUACAACAAAAGAUAGGAAAACGUAUGUACGAGUUGUGUCUUUCUGGUCGCAUGCCUGAUGCUCAAGAUCUUUUACAAAAAGAAGACACUAUCAAAAUUAAACGGUGUUUGUAUGCUCUACAGAGAAACGGACUACCCCCAAUUACUACGCACAAUGUGAUCGAUGACUGGAAUGACCCAGUUUUAAAUUCUAUCAGAAGAUGCAAUCUUUUUAAUACAGUUAAUGAACGAGUUAAGAUAGUAUUUCAUCCAGAAUUUUUAUCAUCAACAAAUCCGUUAUUUGGUCUCGACUAUGAAGAAUUUGUAAGAGGGUGUCACUUGGGAGUCUUCCCCUCGUAUUACGAACCCUGGGGCUACACUCCAGCGGAAUGUACAGUUAUGGGUAUUCCCAGUAUAACUACGAAUCUAUCUGGUUUUGGAUGCUUUAUGGAGGAACAUAUAGCCGAUCCAAUGAGUUACGGUAUUUACAUCGUGGAUAGAAGAUUCAUUGGUCUGGAGAAUAGCGUUCAACAACUUGCUCAUUACAUGUUCGACUUUGCACGACUCAGUCGCCGGCAGCGUAUCAUUCAAAGAAAUCGUACGGAACGUCUUAGCGAUCUUCUUGAUUGGAGAAACCUUGGCAUCUAUUACCGUCAAGCCAGAAUCCGAGCUUUGAUAGCCGUGUAUCCGGAAUUAACUUCUGAGUACGCUGAAGGUGGAGUAGGUCGUUUCAGUUAUCCCAGACCUAUCAGCGAGCCGCCAUCACCCACUUCUUCCAGAUACACUACUCCGACUGCUUCGGUUCACGGUUCUGAUGACGAAGACGAAGACGAAGUUGACGAAGAGAAAGAGCUGGCGGAAUUGCGUCAAACAAAUAGCAGAUAAAUGUUAAAAUGAUGAAAAACUUAGCAUGGUAAACGAUAACUCACAUUAGAUGAAGACGUGGAGACUUUGCAAUAAUAGUGCCAACAAUUUGAUCAGUAUGGUCAGAUCCUCCAUGAAAAUUUAAUUUGUAAGCUACUCAUUGUAUUUCAUUCUUGCCGUUGCUCGUCAUACUAUCCUUUUGUUACUUCUAUAACGACAGAUUUGCGAAAAAUUCAAUCACAACAAAAUAACGGUAUGUACAACCAAUAUUUACACCCGACAUUCAAAAUCGUUACAAGUAAGUCUUCCACGAAUCAUGCACCCCGCGUUUUGAAUUAGUAAUAUUGUUGUAUUUUGAGAACUAUAUUUGAUGUUAUAUAUAUGCGUAUAUUUACCCAGUGUUCCUAUUAUAUGUAGAGGCAGCUAUAUCUUUAUGACAAUUAGCGCGCGAAGAAAAGCUACUCAUGAUUUUCAAUUCUCGAAACACCAUGAUGAUCUACCACUCCUUUGUGAUUCCUAUGGGUUGAUCUUCUUGUUUUCUGAAAAUGAAACUUUCGAAUAUACAUUUUUAAUCGCUUUCGACAUUUCGUUGCGUCAAGGAUUUUAAAUUGUAAAUUUCGAACGCCCUCAAUAAUUAUCGGCGACUUAAUCAGUUUGUAAGAAUUAUUAUAUUAUUAAUUAUUAACGUAAUAUACAAAACAAAGUGCUAAAAAGUUACAUUCUCUUUUGCGGCGAAAUCAUUACAUUUGGCAUUUCACGAUUACCAAAACUGUCUUGUCUUCUGCAAAAAAUUGUUCAAAUAAAUAUGUACAUGAUUCAGAAACGAACAACAUACUACAUAACAAUACGCCUUAAUAAUAACAAGUACAACAAUAUACAAAGCCACUAAAUCAACAUUUUUUUUUUUUUUGCGAUCAAGUUAAAAGUAUUUCAAUGUCUUUGAUGGUUAUUACACAUGAGAGAGAGAGAGAUAAAGAGAUAGUGAAAUUUUGGAAUGGUUCAUUACCACGUGAAGCUAGGUAAAGACGAGGAGAUGCAUAUGAGAUGAGAUUCGACAUUCGUUCCACCUUUUUACGUACGCCUUCACGGUUAACAACGACGAUGUAUCAUUACAAAAAUCCUGACAUCUAAUACAAAACGUUCGAAUUUCUAAAAUACACGAUGAUGAUAUAUUAAACGCGAUCGACACCUUCACCGUCGAAACCAAGCGUAGGCUUCGAUUUUCUAAAACGAUCAGGUUCAGCGGCAUAGCCAUCGUUAGUUUCUGUAACACUAGAAGCGAUAACCGAUACCUUUUUGAUUUUGUAAACGAAUCUAUGCGACUAAGAUUGCUUCGAUCUUACUUAUCGUCCUGAUCGUCGGAAAGAAAAAAUAAGCGGCAAAGGUGUCGAUCCGUAUCAUGCAGGAAUAAGGUCACCUCCAUAAAAAAAAAAUUAUUUCUCGCGCCAAAAAAGAAUAUACGAUCAGGGAGAACAACGGAACACAAACGUACUUUCAAUUAAAAAGAAAAACGAAGAAGAGAAAGAAAUUCUGUAAAGCAAUACUGAAUUACAGUUAGUCAUAAGAUUGUUUUUAACCUAGUUGUCUUAUAAAUUAUAUAACCAAUAAGAGACAGUUUAGAUUCGCGUAAAGGAUACUAAAGAUAUGUUACACGUGUAUCAACAAGAAUUAAUUCGUACGCCUAGGAAAGCAGUAUACGUAAACGAUGCUGGUUAAACCUAAAUGGCACGUUUUAUACAAUUACAUACAGAAUCUGAGAACUUUACACAACAAAGGACAAUGGAGAAAGUAACUACGAUUUAUAUAAAAAAAAAAAGAA